CCUGAUUGGGCGGCUGCAGAAAAGGGAAGUAAAAACAUGUUGCGUUUUCCCCCUGCGCUUCAACUCUUCAACACAACGUGAGAUUUGUAACUACAAGGUCAACGUUUUAAAACUGUGGGCACAGUGUAGGUUGUGAGGUAAUAAACACGGGGACAGAAAUGCAAAGUUUCACUUUCCAUAUGUAUUUAAUUUAAGCGGUCAUACGCACUUCCUGGUCUGUUGGAGUCGAGAGAAAUAAAGUCAGCGUGUCAUUCAUAGACAACAAACAACGCUGCAAACAGGAAGACAUGGAUCAUGCGCGACCGCAGGACACACCGCAAAGCAAGGGCUCCAUGUUGCGACACAGGGAAUGCAGUGAUGAGUCUGUUGACAAGAGGCCCACUGACAGCUCAUUGGCUCCCCCUCAGGACGAGAAGAGGCCGAUCAGAAGAGUGCGAAGCCCUUCCAGACCGAGGGCGUGGCAGUCCAGUUCUUACAAACCAAAGUUUGGAGGGCGAUUCUACAGACCUCGUUUUCCAAGGGAUGACCAUCCAUUCCACAAACCUGGCUUUGGCAACCAGAGGUACCACCACUUCAACCCCCGGGCUUAUUUAGACCGGAGAGAUCACUUCCAUCCUAAAUUUCCCCGCAUCGCACUGAAGGAGAGGGAACGGGAGAAGGAGAAGGAGAAGGAGAAGGAGCGGUACGAGCGGAGAGAGGGCGCUGAUGGAAAUUCACCCCCAAAACAAAACAACCCUACUAGACCUUUCUUACCCAGGUCCACCUCCAGCAGAGACAAGGACAUGCAGUUCACCGUUUGUCAGAACGACAGGAACCAAAGCAGGGAGAGAGAUCACAGGGGGACCAAAAGCAAAGAGAGGGAACAAGGCAGAGACGGGGAACUCCCUUUAACUGCGAGCCAGACGGCGGCACGAGACAGAGCCAUCCAACAGAAGAGGAGAGAGAUAGAUGAGGUGUACUAUCAGGAGUGUGAAAUGUUUGGCCUCGUGACAAAGAUGCUCAUAGCAAAGGAUCCGUCCCUGGAGCAUCCCAUCCAGUCCUCGCUGCAGGAGAACCUCAGAGACAUCGGCAAGCGCUGUGUGGAAGCCAUGGAGAAAUUUAUAGAGGACUAUGACUCCAGAGAGCUGGUGCACUAAUCAGACACAUGCUGCUGCCUGUCCUUUGAGCAUUUUUAUUUCAGGUGAUUGGAUGCUGUGUUUGUGUUUUCAUUUGUAAUAAGUUUGCACAUUCUUGUCUGCUGCCUGGACAAAGUCCCUCUCUGUGCUUUGGCUCAUGCUUAGCACUGAGCAACACUGGUGAAAAAUGAAAAGGAAACUGUGAUUUGAAGGUUUCAUACUGAUUCUAAUUUUGAUAACGUGAUGAUGAAAAAUACACUGUUUGUAUUGCUUUAAGUGUCCCUAUGAAGAUGUCUGAAAUCUGACUGACGAGCCAAAUUUAUUAUCACUUGCUUUUCAAUAAUUUAAUUUUGUUAACAGCAUAUUAUUCAUAUAUUAAACAUCAUGU